AUGAAGAGGCGACUCGCUCGCGACGACCGAUUGAGCGAGUUGUACGUCGGGUUCAUGCGAACCUACGAGGACCUCGGACACAUGGUUCGCGCGGAUGCUGCGCCUGGAGGUCGGACAAGUUACCUGCCUCACCACGGAGUCCUGCGGGAGGCAAGUUCGACUACCAAGUUGCGCGUAGUGUUCAACGGGUCCACGACGACUGCGUCUGGCGAGUCGCUGAAUCGGAGCCUGCUGGUGGGCCCGAAUCUGCUGCCUCCUCUCGCCGACGUCCUGCUGAAAUGGCGACGACAUCGCUACGUCCUCGCCACGGACGUGGAAAAAAUGUUUCGCCAGAUCCUGGUCCACUCAGAGGACCACAAUCUCCAGCGCAUCCUUUGGCGGUGCAGCACCCGGGAUGAAGUGGCGGAGUUCUGCUUGACGACCGUGACAUACGGUCUAGCGUGUGCGCCUUUCCUGGCCAUGCGCACUCUGCGCCAGCUGGCCGACGACGAGGCGGAGAGCUAUCCCCUGGGAUCCCGCGCUCUCCGCGAGGACGCCUACAUGGAUGACGUCCUGACGGGCGCACCGACCAAGAAGAGGCUAUCGAGCUCCGGCGACAGCUGA